AUGUCUGAUGUAUUAGGAGAUGAAUAUUACCCUUCAUUUGCACCAUUUCUCGGUUUUGGAGGAUGUGCAGCAGCAAUGAUGUUAUCAUGUGCUGGUGCUGCAAUUGGUACAGCCAAAUCAGGGAUUGGUAUUGCCGGUAUUGGUACAUUCACGCCAGAGUUGAUUAUGAAGUCAUUGAUACCUGUUGUUAUGUCGGGUAUAUUGUCAGUUUAUGGCUUAGUAGUGGCCGUAUUGAUUGCUGGGGGAUUGUCUCCUACAGACAAGUAUUCAUUGUUUAAUGGAUGUAUGCAUUUAGCUUGUGGGUUAACGGUGGGAUUUGCAUGCUUGGCAUCAGGGUAUGCCAUUGGUAUUGUUGGUGAUGAAGGGGUAAGGCAGUUUAUGCAUCAACCUAGGUUAUUUGUUGGAAUUGUGUUGAUCCUUAUUUUUGCUGAGGUUUUGGGUCUAUACGGAAUGAUCAUUGCAUUGAUUUUGAAUACAAAGGGAAGUGGAUAA